GGUUACCAGUGGCCUGGUGUCCGCGCUCUCGCGUACGUGUUCCGCAAGUCUGCUGGCCUGUGUGCAUUUUAGUCUGGAAUUUCAACAGCUCACAUUUUACUUCGACAAAGAUACAAAUUGGCGCAAAGGAAGCAGAAUGGUAUUUUCCAUGCCGGGAUUAGAAAAAUAAUGAAGUUAUUAGGCAACGACAUAGCGUUUAUGUCCGAGAAGAUACAAUCCGAUUCGUUAUCGUACAACAUCGUAAAAUAAUGAUAUCAGAAAAUAUACGGAUUAGGUAGGAGAGACUAAACGCAUCUAUCAAGGUUAACUUCGGCCCAACACCUGAGAACGUCCCCCCAACAAGUUGUCAAACUCGUACCUUCCAAACGGCUUUGUCCUGUCAAGUCUACUCUCUAUUUGUUCAUCGCAGGAGGAGCCACAUCCAAGAUGAGCACACCCGUCUUUGAACAGUUACUGGAGGAAGUUGGCGACACCGGGAAGCAUCAGCAAUUGCUGUUCUGGCUCUACGUGGUUCCCAUCAACUUCCUAAUACCGUGGAUCGCCCUGGUUCCUAUUUUCAUGACAUCCACCCCGUCACACUGGUGUCAUGUACCAGGACAACCUCCAGAGCUCACAGACGAACAAUGGAAGAAGCUCACAAUACCAAAGGAGAUCACUGACGGGGAAGAGAGCUUCAGCCAGUGCCAACAAUACAACGUGACCUGGGAUGACCUGAGCUCUCUCAAUCUGACUGACAUCGACAGUUUGGUACCUACAUUCAAUCAAUCAUAUGGAAUCAUUGGAUGUCAGGCCGGAUGGGACUACGACCAUACCGACUACGAUUCCACACUGAGCAUAGAUCAAAACUGGGUCUGCGACAGCACCUCUUUAGCAGCUAACUGGCAGUCGAUCGGAGUUGCUGGAAAUGUUAUUGGAACGUUUAUCUUCAAUACACUUUCCGAUCUACUGGGUCGGCGGCCUGUGUUCGUUGUGGCAGUGAUGAUAUUUGCUGUAUUUGGCAUCGUGCGCUUGUAUGUGACUUCAUACAUGUGGAUAAUGACUACCAUGUUAUUAGCAUCCCUUUCCUUCCCUGCUGUUCUGGAGUUGCCACUGAUAAUAGUUAUGGAACAAGUGUCUCCAACUUGGAGAGCCAGAAUUACAUCUACCAGCUUCUUGCUGUGGACUGCAGGAAUGUGCUUCCUGCCCCUCAUUGCUUGGCUAGCACGUGACUGGGUCGUGCUAGGCUUGAUUACGACAAUUCCAUUCUUCGUCUUCGUUCUUGCAUGGUGGAUAUUGCCAGAAUCUCCCCGCUGGCUCCUGUCUCGGAACCGACUGGACGAAACAGCCUCUCUCCUGAGAUCAAUUGCCCUACGCAAUGGAAGACCUGUUCCAGAGAAACUGGAACAGAAUAUUCAGAGCAUCGCUUUGCUUCACAACAACGAGAAAAACUAUGGAGCUCUGCAGUUGUUCAAGUACAGAAAAGUCUGCAUUCGAACCAUUCUCCUCACAGCUUGCUAUACUUGCAACAACCUCUUCUACUAUGGGCUGGCAUAUAACACCACUAACCUCAGUGGUAAUGAGUUUUUAAACUUCUUCCUGCUUGGAAUUACAGAACUCCCUUCCAACAUCCUCGCUUGGUUGGGAGCAGAUUUCAUUGGCAGGAGAUGGACUGAAUCAGGAUGUUCAUUCCUGGCAGCCAUAUUUGCACUAGCUGCUGCUUUCACGAUUGCUGCUGAGUCGUGGGUGAGGAUAUCCAUCCUGUUACUGAGCAAGAUGUUCAUCACGAUGAGCUUCAUGGUGGUCUACGUUCAAUGUGCUGAAAUAUAUCCUACCACUCAUCGUGCAUCGGGGACGGGGUUCUCCUCUCUCGUCUCAUCUUGCUUUGGAACAACGGCUCCCUUCAUUGCAUAUGUUCAUGUCCACGGGGAGUGGGUUCCCUACACUAUUUUGUUUGCCAUUGGAAUCAUUGGUUUCAUCUGUGGGUCUCUUUUACCGGAGACUCUAAAUGCCGACCUGCCACAGUCACUCAUGGAUGCCAGCAAUUUCUUGCCAUCUGAGAAGUUCUUCUCCUACAAAGGAAAGCACCUGUGGUCUAAGAAGGUGAAGGUUUCUCCACAAAAUGGACAAGAGCUUGGACAAGAUAAUCCUGCAUCCUUGGACAACGAUGUAGACAGCAAAGUUCAUUAGACUAGAUAAUGACUUCAUUGUACAUCACAAGUUGAUAAAAUAUCAUCCUCAUCCUUUGUACAGUUCAGUUAUUAGAUAUAAAAGCAUUAUACAGAGCGUAUCACAUCACUAAAAAUAAUAAAAGUUAUA